AUGAGCACUGUCAGUCACCCUCGAAUGAUACUUCCGAAGCUUUUCUCAAUCACCCCGGUAAAGUUGUAUUGUGUUGUGGGCACACCGGAAGAACAGCAGCAGAUGAUAGAAAAAAUUGUAUCACAAAACCUAGCAGAUGCUCAAGCCAGGACGAUGGAUCCGCUGAAGAACCAGAAACGGCCUCACCUUGAAGUCGGCGCACAAUAUACACAAAAGCGGACUUGUGUUAAAUCUGAGACUCAAGAAAAUAUUUAUCUCGACAACGGCAAAAGUGCAAUUCCUGGCAGUUGCGAGGAUUCAGUUAAAGAUAAUGGCAAGAACGCCGGUGCGGGUCCUGACGGUGACAUGGGCACGGAAACGGAUCCAUACGAUAUCGUGCCACGUUCAGGAUCAACGAUUCCGCCCAUUUUGUUUUCGAAACUGCCGUCGGACUUCAUGCACGAAGUAGUGAUAUUUGAGGAACGAGGUUGCGUGGAAAACUGCCCAGCCUUCUACGCCAAAGUGCGCGUCAAUGUUACGACCGCUGAAGAGUUUGAUCGGUGGUUAUCUGGUUUCGAAAUGCGGACGCAUACCCAUUAUGUUUUGAACGCCACUUUACCGUGUACUCGCCAUUACACGUUCGGGCGCAGGUUGGUGUGCCAGCACAACAGGUGUCCAAAGAAAGUCGAUGUCGACAGCCAUGAGCCCCGUCGCCUAAAGUCCUUCAUGGGAACUAAUUGUCACUCCAGAAUCAAGGUGGGCGUCAAGCCCUGGAAGAUAGGCAGUUAUAAUCGUGAUGUGUAUACAAAGAUGGGACUGGCGGGAGUUAUAGACAUAGUAUUUGAUCACAAUCACCCGGUGGGUACCGCUGAUUCGCUUGGCCUCCUACCGCUCCGCAAAGAGCGCUUCGCAUCAGAGGCUCGAGGAUUUCGCGUUUCGCCUCAUUUCACUGGACUGUUGUUGAUUAUGAUUACUUCCACAGGUGUCCGUGUUCUUGUGGCUCUGUUCUUGUGCUUCGCGCUAAUCGCUUUCGUCGUGUUUGGCUUUUCCUUCGUUUUGAUUAAGGCGACCGCUACAAGUCGAUCGUCGGAGGAUGAAGAGGGCAGCAGGGCAUCCGUGUUGUCAGAAAUUUCCAGAAUACCUGAGGACUCUGGGAAGUCAAAAGCGACCGCUUUGGAUGAUAGCGAAAUCAACUCGGAUUCCAGAGAUUUAUUCGAACAAUCUUCUGUUAAUGUAAAGCCAAAUGUUAACCUCCCUGCCGAAGACCACACUUACAUAGGGGCAUAUGAGAAACAAAAGGUAUCGCUAAUCGUUAGAAAUGCCAGCAGUUAUGAACAUCCCAUGGCGCAACGUAUGACAACGAUCAAACAGGUGGACAUGAUCAAAUAUGGAAAAAUCAUCGGAAUAGCAUUUCGGAACCACAGGCUAUACGUGGCUUCUUACAGUAGUGGCAAAAUUGUCGUUUUUUCCACUCCACGUUUAAAUGUCGUUAAAGUAAUAACGUCGUUUGGUCCGUUCAUUUACGAUAUCGCCGUGCUGUCCGAUGGCAGCAUCGUAGCUACCAGCAGCAAAUCCGGUUUCAUUCUUAAAUACGUACCUUCGUCGAAUACCAUCGUGCAACAGAAAAGUCAGGUCGUUCCAGGAGGCAUCGCCGUCACUCCCGAAGACCAUGUUUUCGUACUGUCCAAAAACGACCACCUGGUACACGUCUAUGACAGGGAUUUGAAUAACACAGACGUUCUACGUUUCCAAGCAAACAGUCGAUCGAGCUGCAGUUUUAUCAAAUAUUACAAACAUACGUUGUACAUAAGCUGCGAACAGCUGCUGGCAUUGAAUCUGAAGCGAAACAUCAUCGUCAGCGCUGCAUACGAUUUACGACGACGUUACGGUGGCGGGUUGGCUGUAACCUUCGACGAUGACAAACGGUACGUUUAUACGGCCAACCGAUACACAGGCGAAUUCGACGUUUACGACGAAAAUCUGAAGUUCCUCAAAUCGCUCACAGGCGACCAAACUCACUUUGUUUCUGAUGUGGCAGUCGGUGACGGCAUUUUAUUUGCUGUCGACUAUGUGAAUGUACGUGUACUAUGCUAUCAGUUAGCCUAA